CACACACGUACCCACCACACCGACGCGCUCGUAUACAGCUAGAUGGCAGACCAGAAAAGUCCUGCGGUGGAGUAUAAGCCUGUGCCUACUAAGGAGGAGGAGAAGAGGCCUGGCAGUGUUGGUGAGAAAGCGACGAAUCCUGUGUUCCCCAUCCUUUCCUACUGUUGCUCAUCAAUCCUCAUGACCGUCGUGAACAAAUACGUCCUCUCCGGCCGACAUUUCUCCAUGAACUUCCUCCUCCUCGCCAUCCAGUCCAUCGUCUGCGUUUCAGUCGUAGCGACGCUCAAGCGCACAGGGGUAAUAUCCUUCCGCGAUUUUGAUAUGAAGGACGCGAAGAACUGGUUCCCGAUCAGCUUUGCCCUCGUCGUAGUCAUCUACACUGGGUCCAAGAGCUUGCAAUUCCUGACCAUACCUGUGUAUACCAUCUUCAAGAAUCUGACUAUUAUCCUCAUUGCAUAUGGCGAAGUCCUCUGGUUCGGCGGGCACGUCACUGGUCUCACGCUCGUCUCAUUCUUCCUCAUGGUCCUCUCCUCUAUCAUCGCCGCCUGGUCUGAUAUUACGAACACGAUCAACGCGCUCACGGGCGUGUGGUCACCUAUUGACCAGACCUCUGGCACCCCUCUGCCAGAAGGGAUCGCCGCUGUCGGUAGCGUGCCUGUGAACCUUGGCUACCUGUGGAUGUUCCUCAACUGCCUCGCGAGUGCAGCGUAUGUCCUUGGGAUGCGCAAGCGGAUCAAGGCCACGGGGUUCAAGGACUGGGACUCGAUGUUCUACAAUAACCUGCUCUCUAUCCCGGUUCUAAUCGUCUUUUCCUUGCUGGUAGAACGGUGGACGUCGGAGAACCUCACUCUGAACUUCCCCCCAGAGAGCCGCAACUUCCUUCUGUUCGCUAUGGUCCUCUCAGGCGGAGUCGCGGUGCUCAUUUCGUACACCACCGCCUGGUGUGUCCGCGUCACGAGCAGCACGACCUACAGCAUGGUCGGCGCGCUCAACAAACUCCCUGUCGCGGCAUCAGGCAUGAUUUUCUUCGGCGACGCCGUCACCCUAGGCUCCGUAAGCGGCGUGACAACGGGGUUUCUCGCAGGCGUCGUGUACGCCAUCGCAAAGCAAAACCAGAGCAAGACGGAGAAAGCGAAGCAGGGCGAGGGCGGGAUACCGAUGUAUACCCGCAAGCAGUGAUCCUCUCCUCACCCCCUCCCGACCAUCGGUCCUCUCACCACGUACUGUCCCUGAGAGGGGCGGCGUGUGUCCUCCGCUCUCUCCUCCGCUCUCUGGCACUGAUUGUGUGCCAGCCCGGCUCGCUUGGGCUUAUUUUAGUGCUGUAGGAGCGCAGGCGUGGCGUAAUGCAAGUAUACCCC